AGCCUUGGUGAUGCGCGUCAGGGGACCACCGUAGCCAAUCUGCUUGAGCGCGCAGACGCUGGUAAUUCACUAGCCCUGUCUCCUGCUCUCUUCUCACAUCGAGCGUCCUUCUGCUGACUCAGUGCCUUAGAAAGGUCCUGUUUCUCGACACCGCUCAGAACUACGACACGCUUCGCUACAGCACCGGUCACUGCAACGACAGCCAUGGCUAAAACCGCAAUCGCUUACAAAGAGAAGAUGAAGGAGCUGUCUCUCGUCUCCCUCAUCUGCUCCUGCUUUUACCCAGAUGCCCACAAUAAGAUAAUGGCUGAGUUUGAAGACAUGAAGGUCAAGCCCAUUAACAAGCGUGCUUCUGGCCAAGCAUUCGAAGUGAUCCUGAAACCACCUUCCCCCAUUUCUGAUGGGAUGUACAGCAUUGCAUCACCCCCCAAGAGGAGGGAUGUUUCUCUGGAGGAUAUUCAGAAGAAACUUGAGGCAGCUGAGGAACGGAGGAAAUCUCAGGAAGCUCAGGUGUUAAAGGCUCUGGCUGAGAAGCGCGAUCAUGAGCGAGAUGUACUGCUCAAAGCCAUGGAGGAGAACAGCCAUUUCAGCAAAAUGGCUGAGGAGAAGCUCAUCAUGAAGAUGGAACACAACCAGAAGAAGCGCAAGGCUCUCCUCACAGCCAUGCUGGAGCGGCUGCAGGAAAGGGAGAGGCAUGCCCAAAUGGUACGCAGAAAUAAAGAGAUGCGAGAAGAGCUGACAGCAUGAAUACCUAUCCACUUCCACCAUGCUCCCGUCCCCACCCAUCUGACUACCAGAGAGACCCUUUCUCCCUAACGCCUAUUUCCACACAGAGAAAGAGCCUCGGGCACCUCCCUCCCCCCACCCUGACCUGAGGGAGAAGGACCAGCCUCACCCCUCAGCGACUGCACACCCUUCCCCCCUUUUCCAACACCCCCAGAACAAAGAGAAAAAAAUAAAAGCAUCAUGCAUCCCACUGCUCCCUGAAGAACCCUAAAGAAUGUUCUUGUUUGAUUUGAAACAAAUUAAAGUGGGUAUUGUUUUUUGUAAAUACUUCCUUUUUUGUUAUAUAUGAGACAACAAAAGUAUUGCAGUGUGCCAUUUUAUAAUUUUCUCUCUCUGUGUAUUAAUGGAUGUAUUCAUUUGAUCUCUUUCUAUCUCUCAAAUCUGCUGCAGUUUCUCAUGUCCCAGGCUUUGGUGUUUGUGAGUUUUGCUGGUUAGCUGACUUUUGCAGUUUCAUAUCUUCUGCCCCAAUGGCCAUAUUUGGAUCUGUCUGUGUGGAGCACAUAACCAGUCAUGUCACAUACUUCUGACUCUUCUGACAGGUAGAUUACACAAGAUUCAUUUAUGAGCCAACUCUUCCUGUCUGUCUCUUUGUCCGGUCUUAAUGUAUUUUCUCUCUCUCUCUGACACACACACACACACACACACACACACACAAUUUAGUUAUGACACACACAGCCCCCAUACACACUAUAAAUGAAUGCAUGGGUUAGCAGAGAUAAUAUAGCUCAGGAGGGGCUUGCAAAGUCUUUACUUACAGCAUUGUCUCUGUCACAGGACACCUGUGCCUCAUGGUCAUUUUGUAGCCACUAAUACUCUGAAGACUUCCCUCUUUUCCAUUUCAGAGGAUGGUAGUUUACGCUCACGUAUGGAUCUCAAAACCCAAACCAAUGAGCCCUAUUCGUACCCAGAGAUCCACAGGGGCCACUAUGAAAAUAAGUGGCAAAAUAUACAGAGAGCUUAGUGAAUGGACAAUGUAGGGACACAAUGGAGAACAAACAACAACAAAAUACCAACCUGGACUCACAUUCCCUCCAUGCAUAGGUGUGUGUGGCUGUGUAUAGUGUGUAUAAAGCUGAUGUGCGUGGACCAUGUGGAUGUAUGUCUUUGCUCUUAUGUGACCAGGUGGAGAGGGUUACAUCAUUCUGCUCCCUAGGUUGGAGGCAGAUCCUUGCUGAGCCUCUUUCUGCUGCCUCCUCCUCUUCACGUGCUUUCCUCCCCUAACACAUAUAUCUUUGUGAGCAAGCCCCAAAUAAAGGUUUGGGGUUCUGUGAAUGAGAGUGAAUGUCUAUGGCUUUUCACUUUUCUCUAAAUUCAAAUAAAAGAAGUGAUGUCAGUGUAAAUUAAA